AUGGACGACGUCGAUAAAAAUUCUGUUCGAUUCGCCGCCAUCAUUGCUCUGCAAAUCGAUCUAAUACUGCUGCCAUCGAAUCCGUCUUCUCCAUCGCAGCCGCCGCCGCCACCCUCACGCCUUACUGAAGAUAUUCCGCUCUUAAAGUGUCGUCUUUUUCUUCCACGCUCUCCUUGUCUCCUUGCUCCCCUUUCAAAUUGCCCCUUUUCUCCGCUCUUCUUGUCUCCUUCUUCUCCCUUAAAUUUUCCCUCUUUUUCUUCCACCUUAUUCUUGUCUCCUUGCUCCCCUUUCAAAUUGCCCCUUUUCUCCGCUCUUCUUGUCUCCUUCUUCUCCCUUAAAUUUUCCCUCUUUUUCUUCCACCUUAUUCUUGUCUCCUUGCUCCCCCUUCAAAUUGCCCCUUUUCUCCGCUCUUCUUGUCUCCUUCUUCUCCUUAAAUUUUCCCUCUUUUUCUUCCAACUUAUUCUUGUCUCCUUGCUCCCCUUUCAAAUUGCCCCUUUUCUCCGCUCUUCUUGUCUCCUUCUUCUCCCUUAA